UCAGUGCGUCAAAGUGUCGUAGGGACAGUCGGGCAGAUUUGCCGAGACGUUUGUGAUAGUUCGGUGAUUUUUUUGGUGUUUUUACUUGAGUGAAAAUUAUAUCAAAGUGCAUUGAAUUCGGUGAUUUGAGCAAUUUUUUGAUGGAUUAGUAUUAGUCUGUAUUUUUUGAGAAAACAGGAUGUCCCACUAUGACACCUUCAAAUCCUACGAGUCCACCUACGACGACAGCUGUGACUCCGGCCUGGAAUUCUCCUACAAGUCCGAAACCACAGACCUCACAGAUGACCGCAGUGACCCCUACGACUUAGAUCAUGACUUCCACACACCCGAAAAGAGCCUCAAAACCCCAAAUAUCAACACCACACUGUACAACAAAUUCAAUUCGGCCUUUUACAACAGCAUAAAGGAUUUUGAUAGAAGACCAAUUCAACAGGAAGCAUGGCAUUCGACUCCGAAUUGCCGAAGAAACCUAUUGAACGACUUUAAUGAAGAAUUUGAAGACUUUGAAGAAGACAAAAACAAACUUUCUAAUACAGAAAACAAAGAUAAACCAAAAAAACGUUAUGCAACUGGUCGAAACAGAGUUUCCAGAGCAAAAAGCCCAACACAAAUCAUGAGAAUAAAGAGAGUAAGAAGACUGAAAGCCAACGACAGAGAAAGAAACAGGAUGCACAUGCUGAACGAAGCUCUGGACAGGUUACGAUGUGCCUUACCAACAUUUCCUGAAGACACCAAGUUAACCAAAAUAGAAACACUAAGGUUCGCUCACAACUACAUCUAUGCACUUUCUGAAGCUACUAAAGAUGUUGACAAGUACACCAACGAAGAUAGUGUUAUUCUUAACGUAGGGAACGUUAUAGUGUCGAUUAACAAAGAUGGAAACACUAUAAAAACUAGAGGGUUUGAAGAAAUUAAAUCAGGUGCUUCUGUGAUCAGUGGAAGUAUAACGAAUGCAAGUUUUAUGCAGGAUUAUAAUACUGACAACAGUAGUAGUCCGUAUUCUAGUCCAAAUGAAGGAUAUCAGCAAGUUUUUUGUGCGACAAAUGUGCCUUUUGGAUCAGGGUAUUCUGCUAGUACGCCUUAUGAUCACUACAUUCCUAAUAGUGUAGCUCAUUAUCCUAGUCAGCAAUAUCCUAGUCAUAUAAAUGGAUUUAAUAAUAAUGUGGCUUAUGAGUAUAAUUCUUUUAUGAAGGUUUAGCAAUAUAUUUUAUGAUUUUAAUGGGAUUUGAUAUAUACAGGGUGUUCUGAGGUGAAAUUGAUAUGAAGAAUUGCAAAGGAAUGCUUUAAUACAGAGCGAGUUUAAAAUAAGUGCAAAUAUUUUCAGGGUUGGUAGAUCUAGAUGAGAGAACACAUAUUUUCUCGUUACCGUUUUUGAAAUAAGUCUAAAAUUACUCAGUUAUUUUACUUUGACAA